AUGGACUUACGUGAAAACUUGGAUCGCUUUCUGAUAUUUUAUUUCGAUGGCUGGAAAGUUUUUCGAGAUCCUCAACUGGAGUCCAGGCAUUCUCCAGCGUACUUUUGGAGGGAACAGAUGAAGGCAAUGUUGUUGUACACAACCUCGGAGGAACGUCUAUUGCCCUAUCGAUCCUUUUGGCACACGUUGGUGGCUAUUAAAUCCUUCGUUUUUAUGGCUACAAUGUUGUACGGCCUAACGGAAUCGAUAGGCGACAAUGUUCAAAUGGGUCGUGAUCUUGCUUUCAUUAUAGGGAUCUUUUAUAUUACUUUUAAGAUUUUUUAUUUUCUUCGAUAUGGCGAUGCUCUUGACGAAGUGGUCAACGACCUGGAGGCGUUUCACCCUUGGGCGCAGCAGGGUCCUCAUGCAGUAGACUAUCGAUCUGGCAAACGUUGGUACUUCGUGCUGGCGUUCUUCGUAUCGACGUCCUGGGCGCUCUUCUUGGUUAUAUUUCUCGGACUUCUUGUGACAUCACCGAUGUGGGUCCAGAACCAGAACCUUCCCUUUCACGCGGCUUUUCCCUUUCAAUGGCACGAUAGAUCGACUCACCCCAUCACCCACGCCAUAAUCUACUUGUUCCAGUGCUAUUUUGCAGCGUAUGCUCUUACCUGGCUUUUGUGCAUGGAGGGCCUAUCCAUAUCCAUUUACGUGGAAAUAACCUUCGCCAUCGAAGUCCUGUGCCUCGAACUUCUUAGCCUGCACCGCAGAUGCGAUGGCAAUGAGCAGCUGAGAUUGGAGACGAACCGCUUGGUCAGGUUACAUCAGAAGGUUGUUGAGAUUUUGGAUCGGAUAAACGACGUUUUUCACGGGACCCUCAUUAUGCAGAUGGGCGUUAACUUCUCAUUGGUCUCCUUAUCAGUUUUGGAGGCCAUGGAGGCCCGAAAAGAUCCCAAAGUGGUGGCCCAGUUCGCAGUCCUAAUGCUCCUCGCCUUGGGGCACCUGUCCAUGUGGUCCCUCUUUGGAGAUUUGCUAUCCCAGACCUCCUUGAAAGUUUCUGAGGCUGCUUACGAGGCUUACGAUCCCACCAAAGGAUCUAAGGAAGUUUACAGAGACCUCUGCCUCAUUAUUCGACGGGCCCAGGAUCCACUUAUAAUGAGGGCCAGCCCCUUUCCCUCAUUUAAUUUUAUUAACUACACUGCUAUACUCAAUGAGUGCUUUGGAAUACUCACAUUUUUAUUAAAUACCCUGGAUUAA